GGAGGGAGGAGCCGCACGGCGGGCAGGGCGCCCCGGAGCCAGCCGCCCAAGUUGAGUGUCAGGGCUGCUGCUGUUUCUCGGAGGCCGAUGGGCAGCUGCCGGGGCCGGACGGGGCCGACACCCCGCGGGGGAAGCCGCGGCGGCUGCUGAGAGCUCCGCAGAGGGGCGCGCUCGGCGGCGCCGGAGCUGGGGCGCGGGGAGCCGGCGGACGGGCGGGAGAGCGGAGCGGGGCACCCGGAGCGCUCAGGGGCCGGUCCCCGCCGGCGCUGCGCGGCCCGAGCCCCCGGGCGUCCCCUCUGCGUGCCCGGGGGGAUGCCCCCCUGCGGGCUCGGCCACUAGCCCGGCGGCCCGGUGCAUGGCCCAGCUAUGGAGGUGGUGGAUGAGACGGAGGCUCUGCAGCGCUUCUUCGAAGGCCACGACAUUAAUGGAGCUCUGGAACCUUCCAACAUCGACACCAGCAUUCUGGAAGAGUACAUCAGCAAGGAAGACUCACCAGAUAUCUGCUUCCCAGACAUCCCUGCCUCAGCCAGCUACGCACACACCCAGCCUUCCGGCUCUGCCUCUGUCAGCGCUCCUGUUGCCAGCUCCAUCUCCAGCGUCGCUCAUGUGACCAACCCAGCUUCCAGUGGUGCCCUCCAUCUCUGUCCCCCAGGCAGCCAAGGCCCGGUCCGUCAUGUUCCUCUUUUGGCCAACCCCUGUGGACCCAGCUACAGUGCUCACCUCAACUGCAAUAACAACAAUGGCAUGGUGGUGCCCAAGGGGUACCUCAGUGGCCACUGCCUGAAUAACGUGGUCCCUCCAAUCAAAUCGGAGCCCAAGGCCUCCUAUGCACCUGGCACUUUACCCGACUCUCCCCCGGACUCUGGAUCAGAAGCCUACUCCCCCCAGCAGGUGAAUGAUCCUCACCUCCUCCGGACCAUGACCCCCGAGAACAUGUGCCACAUGACUCCACCUUCCCGGCUGGAGCACCCUCCCCCGCCUCCCCACCUUCAGGGUCCCCCACAACCUCCGCCGCAUCCACACCAGCAGCAGCACAACCCCCAUUAUCCCAGUAUGCAGCGGGACAUGUUCAUGAAGCCUGAGCCGCUGAUGCCGCCGUACGUCAUCGGGCAGGGCAUGUCCCCGGGCGAUCUCCACCACGCCCAGCAGUCGCAGAUGCUUCACCAGCUCCUGCAGCAGCACGGAGCAGACCUCCCAGUUCACCCAGCCAAGAAGAGGAAACACUCAGAGUCGCCCCCCAACACACUCAAUGCACAGAUGCUCAACGGGAUGAUAAAGCAGGAGCCAGGUAUGGGGUCUGUGCCACUCAACCCUGACAGAGUCCAAACGCCUCCCUGGCACCAGCAGGGGGCACUCUCACCAGGGCUAAUUCAAGACAACGACAGCUUGAACGGCUCCUACCUGGAUCCCAACUACCAGUCCAUAAAGUGGCAGCCGCAUCAGCAGAACAAGUGGGUGACUCUCUACGAUGCCAACUACAAGGAGCUCCCCCCACCCACGUACCGGGUGGAUGCGGACAAAGGCUUCAACUUCUCCGUGGGUGACGAUGCCUUCGUGUGCCAGAAGAAGAAUCACUUCCAGGUCACGGUCUACAUCGGCAUGAUCGGAGAUCCCAAGUACGUGAAGACUCCUGAGGGCCUGAAGCCCCUCGACUGCUUCUACCUGAAGCUGCAUGGAGUGAAGUUAGAGGCCUUGAACCAAUCGAUCAACAUAGAGCAGUCACAGUCUGACCGCAGCAAACGGCCCUUCAACCCUGUCACGGUCAACCUGCCUCCGGAGCAGGUCACGAAGGUCACCGUGGGGCGGCUGCAUUUCAGCGAGACCACGGCUAAUAACAUGAGGAAGAAGGGCAAGCCCAACCCUGACCAGAGGUACUUCAUGCUCGUGGUGGCCCUCCAGGCCCAUGCCCAGAACCAGACCUACACCCUGGCUGCCCACAUCUCUGAGCGCAUCAUCGUCAGACAAAGGGCCAGUUCGGGGGUAAAACACAAACGGAGGGCGGACGGGGACCCCGGAGUCUGCAGACAAGCCUCUAACCCGGGUCAGUUUGAGAGUGACAGUGACGUCCUCUGGCAGCGGGCUCAGCUCCCUGACACGGUUUUUCACCAUGGCCGAGUUGGCAUCAACACCGACCGCCCCGAUGAAGCCCUGGUGGUCCAUGGCAACGUGAAAGUCAUGGGAUCGCUGAUGCACCCGUCAGACAUCCGAGCAAAAGACGACAUCCAGGAGGUGGACACCACAGAACAGCUGAAGAGGAUCUCCCGUAUGCGGCUGGUGCAUUAUAACUACAAGCCAGAGUUCGCCACCACUGUGGGCAUUGAAAGCACGUCUGAAACAGGUGUCAUUGCUCAGGAAGUGAAGGAGAUUCUUCCCGAAGCAGUGAAAGACACUGGGGACAUGGUCUUUGCCAAUGGGAAAACCAUCGAGAACUUCCUGGUGGUGAAUAAGGAGCGGAUCUUCAUGGAGAACGUUGGGGCGGUGAAGGAGCUCUGCAAACUGACCGACAACCUGGAGACCCGCAUUGACGAGCUGGAGCGGUGGAGUCACAAGCUGGCUAAGCUCAAGCGGCUGGACAGCAUGAAGUCAACGGUCAGCUCUGGGGCGUUCAGCCAAACAGGAAGUCAGUUCAGCCGUGCAGGAAGUGUGCCCCACAAAAAGAGGCCCCACAAAAUGGCCAGCAAGUCCCCAUCUGUUAUCACGGAACAAGCCUGCAUCAGCCAGCGCUUCUUGCAAGGCACCAUCAUCGCCCUGGUCGUCGUCAUGGCGUUCAGUGUGGUGUCCAUGUCCACCCUCUAUGUGCUCAGCUUGCGCAAUGAAGAGGACCUCGCAGAUAUUGAUGGCUCUUUUGCUGUGCCCACUUCCUGUCUCCUGGCCCUUUUUCGGCACAGGGGUCCUGGGGUCCCGGUUGCUCUGUGCCCACGAUUAAAUCAGAACUUUGAUAAGACUCAGCUUGUUUCUUCCACGGCUUCGUCAGACAGACCUAGUGAUGGCACUUCCCCGCACCCUGUGACAGUGAAUGGGUCUGACUCUGCCUAUCGCUUGCCCGGCCGUAGCAUCGCUGUGUGUUUCAGCCCUCCAUGUUUUUCCAUGUGCUGUUCUGCUGCUCCCACCAAUGCCUCCGCUGUUGCUGUCUCUGAGAGCAGCCCCACGCAUGCCCCCAACAGGACAGACCAGAUCCACACCUCCCUCCUGCCAGGGAUGAGUAUCAAAGCCAAAUCAAGGGGUGUGACGGGGAAGGUGACCUCUCACGCCAAGUGGCCAAAGACCCCGGAGCGGUCGCAGGGCUUCGGCAGCCCCAACGCCAGCCCCUCCUCCCCCUUCACCCACAUUCAGAGCAAAUCCAAAUACAUCUCCAGCCUCUCGUUGUCACGAAACAGCUUCCCGCUGGGGCAGACCCGGCAGCAGCGCAGCAUCACCCAGCCUGCCAGCCAGCAGCCCAGCAUCACGGGCACUGGGCACGACGGGCCGGAUGCUUCGCUCCGCUCCAUCCGGAUUGUGGAGAAUGACAUGGCCAUCACUCCCCACUACUGUGCAGCCAGGGAUGCAUGCAGGAGAGGAAACAUCACCUACCGCAUCCCCAUCAGCCCGUCCACAGCAGUGAACACCAACCUGACCUUGGAGAUGAAUGCCUCCUCUGCUGUGUCCAUCUACCUUUGUGGCCUCCAGUCCAGUGACCCAUGUCAGAACACAAUGAGCGUGGACAGCUCCACCAACACCACAGACACCCAGGAAAUGACACAGCGUUGGCCCAUGGUGAUGCUGUCUUUCCGGGAGUUCACCUACCACUUCCGAGUAGCCCAGCCUGGCAAAGCCAACUGUAGUACCACCCCGGAGCACAUGGGACACCUCUUCACUGACUAUUAUUUCCAGUUUUACUGGCUCUGUGAGUGAGUCCCAGCAGCAUCAGUGCCCUUUGCUGGGAGAGAGGAAGGGGACUGGUGAAACCUAUCAGAUUGCCACAUGCCUUCCUCUGUAAACCUCCAAGUCCCCUUCUGCUCCCACCUUCCCCUUGGGGCUCUGAGCUACUUUGGUUCUGUCCUGGGGACGAUAUAGACACUGAAGUACUCCAAAAGGAAUAUAGGAACUCUGCCAGGAGCAACACAACCAGCCCCAGGGAUCUACUGGACAUGCCAACCAAACACCAUAGCCCACAAUCCUGGGCAACUGUGUCCAUCUCCUUCCCUUCUGGAGACACUGGCACCCGUCUCCCUCCCUCUGCUACACUGGAUUUGAAAGUGUUACACUGGAUCACGUGUGGACAGGCUUGUCCCAAGCUCUAGAGCUGGGACUGUGGUCUGGCUGGGAACGACAGCCCGAGAGGCCUAUCGGUUCCUGUAGCAACGCAGCAGCUCUCUGCAACACUGGAAUUUAUCUUCCAAGACUGGAGCUCUUGUCAAUACUGAAACACUGGAAUUCCAUCCUGAAAAGAGGGCUCUGCCUGGACAUACUGGAAGUCAUACACUGGAGUUGCUGUUCCUUCUGGUCAGCCACUGGCUAUUCUCCUGCAUCCCUACUCCAUAGGAUUCCUGGUGACAUUGCGAUGCUCCACAUGGACAGCCAGAGAGAAACCCUGCCAAGGUGGGGGCUGCAGAGGCAACAGGGUUCUCCUUGGUCCCUUUCCUCCCUGCCCUGUUUCCCACACUCCAUGCAGACCAGACCUGAACAGAUGAAUUUAAGAACCCCACAAAACCCCUAGUCAGCCUGUGCCAGCCAGUUGGCAAGGGCUUGCCCUUGAUUUCCCCCCCGCCCAGGAAGUGGGGAGAAGAGGCACCUUGGGAGCAGUGUCACCCCCCGCCCAAAUACAUCUCUCUAAGGGGUCAGUUUGCAGGUGUUUGUUGCGGUACCCCAUAUUUCGGUGGUUGGGGUGGGGACUGUUCCUGUUACUCUAGAGUAGCCAGAGCUGGCUGGUCCCAGGGCCAGCCCCACAGAAUAGCCCUGAAGCCCAGGUUCCCCCUGCCUGCCUGUGCUCAGGGGUGCCAAAGGGAGGCCACCAGCACAGACUGCUCUGCACAAUGGGAGUGGGGCUGCUGGAGACUCAGGUGACUGAUUUCACUGCACCUACUGGUGAAUACAGCUCUGUUCCCAAUAGGUCUCUGCCAGGAAAGGUGGCCCCCUACCGAUUUCCCCUAGGAGGGGAGGGGGCAGGUCACUCAAGGCCUGGCUCCCAUUGCCCCCUGGGUAAGCUGGUGAGUGUAUUAUGGGUAUUUUACUGUUACAAGGUUUUAACUUGCUAAACUACUGAAUUUUUUUAAAGCAGUAUAAAAACAGGCCUCUUAAUUCUGUCCUUACUGAUCUAUUUGUGUCUUGCAUAGGAAACCAAAGGGGGUGAGUGCUGAACCCCAGCCUGACAGCUAUAUUGGUGCUGCGGGAGCUGGGACCUGUCAGACUUUGGCAGCUCUUGUAUGUGUGUGUCUUUCUCCCACCCCAGCACUUUUCACCGACGGGGGAGGGAAACUUCUGCAUUCCUGCAGUCUGAACCUGUGCCAGGGUAAUCCUGUGCCCAGUUCUGUAAGAAAGUGGCAGCAGCCUCUAGAGAAAGGGAAGGGCUGGCGGAGGAGUAAGCAAGGCAGCUAGAGCGGAAACUCCACUCUGCAAUGCUGAACCAAAGCACAAAGCUGGUUCCAGAGGCGUAAGUGUUUUUCCCUUAGCAAAGCGCCAUCACCUGAUGUAGGCAGCUUUUACCAAACUGGGGUGGGGUAGCUGUGGCAGGGACUCUGAUGACUCUCUUUUCUUGCUGGUAGUGGAGACACAUACAACAAUCACUGAAUUCCAGACAGCAGAGCAAGAUCUGUUCAUGUCCCAGCUGUAAGGAAUGUAUGGCUGCAAUUCUUGUUGCCCCCAGCAAAACAGCAGGGAAUGCUUUUUUAGUCGAAUAGAGAUGGCUCCUGUACAGCCUUUGGGGGCCUACGCUUAUCUCCGUUUUAUUUUGGGGGUGAUGCAUAGCAAACAUAACUCCCAAUUGUCUCUGUGACUACCCCCACCCAGGCCAAAUACCUGUAACUCUUGGUGACUUCUAUGGGAGCUAGAGACUUGGUUCCUCUAAGGAUCAGGCCCUUUAUUUGAAGGGGUGGUUUCAGACCAGCUCUUCAGUUUCCUUUCUCUGCCAAUUAGCAGAGCAGUCAUAGCUGUGUUAGCAAUCUAACUACUCAAACACACCGGCUGCAGAGAACGAGUAUUGAAUGCCCUGCGAGUAAGAGGCACAUUUUCUGUGCUACACCAGGCAACUAAUAGGGGAGAACAGAGGGCUGAUGGGCCGGUGGUCCCUCAGUGCGAAGCAGCCACAAAUCCAGUCUCAACAGGACUGCAUUCCUGCCAGCAAUUUACAGGAAAUCCUCCACUGCCACUCUUUGCAAAGUACACUUUUUACAUUACGUCCCCCCGCCCCAUUUCCCCUGAACUUUGCUUUGUUUUUAAGCUGGGAAAUUCCUUUAGUGGCAGCUUUUGUCCUCCAUAUGGCAAUCACUGGCCCCAAUCUUGUAAACUCUAGUCAGUAAGCAAGCUCACAGAUUUUGCUGGGACCGCUCACGUGAGGGGUAGCACUAUCACGCCCACUCAAAGUUUUCCUCUUGUGUUUUUAAUAGAGCUGAACUUACUGCCUGUGCUUUAAUUUAGUAGAGCUGACCUUUCCCUAGGCUGAAUUCACUGCCUGCCUGCAACCACCAUAUAAAUCCCCUUUCUCCCUUCCCCCCACUGGUGUUCUCAGAGGUGGCAGCUGUGGGUCUUCCCAGAUGCCUUUCACAUCACUACGGAGGCUGCAACCCACUGAGUGCAGUCACUGGAGAUUUAUAACGGUGGGUGGUAGGUUGUAGCUCUAAGUAAGAUUUAUAGCAUUCCAGGUAGCCCCAUGAUGCUCAAGCAUAGGUCAGGGUGACUGCUGAUGUUCAGGAGUGGCUAUCUCCUUUUCCUGCCAACACACAGGCACAACACAUGCUGUGGACCUUGAAGACGAUGGCUGGGUAGUUUCUCAGUAGUGAGUUCACCUCCUUUCCAAAAAGGAAAGGAAUAAUUAAAAUCCAGAGGCCUGUCCUACAUUUACAACUAUUUUAAAGCAAGAUGGCAGUGAUUAGUUAAUACCUUAGAUAUUUACAAAAUACAGUAGGAUUAGACUCAGAAUGUACUCUCAGAAAAACUUCUUACUUUUAUAGUGCUUUUCAUCCCAAACUACUCCACAGAUCAUGUCAGCCAAACCAUAACGGUACCUCCAAGACAGGAACUAGAGUUUCACAGUAGGGUUGUAAUGGUUAGGGAAAGAAAUGGCCACAUGAUGGCACCAGAGCCCAUGGAAACAACUGGCCAGUGACCAACUGUGCUGCUUAGAGACAGCCUCCUAAGGCAGUCUCUGCUCUACUCACCUGUAAUUAAAGAGGGUUUUCUCCCCAUCCCCUUCCCAAAAUAGUAGCAGGAAGAGUUUCAGUAGGCUUUUCCCUGUGUGAGACGGAGAGAGCUCUGAGCCAGUGUUUCCAGCCUCACAGACAGGGAGCUCCCCUUUCUCUCUGCAUUGGAAACCUGAAGCUUCAUCUCUCUAGACAUUCUUAGCUGGAAGGAAGGAUGACAAGUGUGAACAUGGGGCCACUUUCUAAAGUUUGUCUGUUUGGGGGAGAGUUUGUUUCAAAAGCAAAUUCCCUUAUCUUUUGCCCUACUUCUAAAGCUUAAAGCCUGUAAAUAAAGACUGCGGCACCACUGCAAGGAUUAAGGAAAAAUAAAGCACUAAUUUGUUUGGUUUAAAUGUUGCUGUCACAGCUUUAAUCACUGUAUAUUACCAGCAAGUUUGUAGAGUUGCAUUCUGAGCAGAUAUUAAUGAUUACUGGUUUUUAUUUGCUCGGGGGGCGGGGGGCUAAGCACUGCUUCCCUCCUUUCUUUCUGAUUUGUAUUUAUAUUUUGCUGAGUUUUGGGGGUGCUGGUUCUCAGGACUCCCCCACUUUUUUGUUUGGCUUAUCUAGACUUUGUUUUAUGCUGGAGGUAAAUAUACCUGUAUAAAGAAAUAUAUAAAUACAGCUUUGUAUCCAA